UUAUUAACAGACGGUAUUUUGUGAGUUGGACGAGAAUCAUUCGAUUGUUUAAUUAACAAUUUCUGCAUUUUUGCUUUCUCUUUCCUCAACCGUGAUCAUUCUGUAUCAUGUAAAACAUCCAGCUACUCAUUCAUUAUGAAUAACAGUAGAGGGAGCAUUUGUCUACUACUUGUAAGGGUCCACAGAAAGUGAUGCCAUAUUUUGCACAUGGCAAACAAAAAACACUGGGAAAAUACACCUUCAGAAUUCACGGAAUUUGGUCCUCUAAUCUCUGAUGUAAAGCCAUCAACUGGAUUUUUUUCUUGGUUCUUUAAAAGAAACAAAGAUGUUCCAGAUGCACAAAGUAAUUCACCAUCUCCAGCCAAUGAACCAUCAGAAGAAACAGCAGUGGAGAAUGUUUCAGCCGUUAAACAAUGCCCGCUCAAGACGGAAAGCAAUACUUCAUCACCUGAGACUGAGGAAGAAAGCAGUGUCUCCGAGGAUGCUGAGCUGCAGACAAAACACCCUGAUAGCCCGAUGAACCCUCAACGUCGAAGUCUGACAAGUGUUCUUAGUCGCAUUAGCAGUAUUUUAGAUAGAGGAAGCUCAAAAGAAAGUGAUUUUAAGCAAUAUUGGAUGCCUGACAGCAGCUGUAGGGAGUGCUAUGAUUGUGGGGAUAAAUUUACCACAUUAAGAAGGCGCCACCACUGCCGGAUUUGUGGCCAGAUCUUUUGCAGCAAAUGCUGUAAUCAAGAAUUACCAGGAAAGAUCAUGGGCCACAGAGGUGGUGUGCGUGUGUGUGAGUAUUGUUGUCGUGCAGUUACAACAUAUACAAAACAACAAGGUAGCACUUCUGGAGACCUUCAGAAUUUCAAAGAUGACUUGAAGAAUUUGAAUCCACUUCAGAGUGGGGAGAGCUUACCACCUGCCAAUAGUGGAUCAGGUGGUAAAGAUAGUGGCUGGUGGACCCCUGUUCUUCAGAAGAGGUACACUAGUUCAAUUAUGGAUGAACAAAUUCCUCAUGGCCGGUCUCACAGUUCUCCAGAUAUUACCAAUGGUGAGUCAAAUAAGGUAUCGGCACCUUUUGACCUCACUCAUCAACCAGAAUUUGCUAGUAUUGAAAAUAUUGCAAAUGAAAGUAAGAAACUAACACAGAAUUCUCUGCAGUUACGGGAACUUUGGCGUCACAUUCAACAUCCCAAAGAUGGUGUUGAAAUGCAGAGUCACCGAUUUCGUUUAAAAACCUACCAACAUUGUGUGACCGGAAAAGAACUGGUCGAAUGGCUUCUGAGGAAUGGAAAGGCUGCAAAACGAGUUCAAGCUGUUGCAAUUGGUCAAGCACUUAUUGAUGCCUCAUAUCUUGAGUCAGUUUGCCGACAGCUGUCCUUCUUUCAAGAUGAUUACACACUUUACAAACCAGGAGAGGCUGCCAAUGCUUUGGAACAGACGCCACCUCCUAAUAUGCCUCCUUGUGUUGAAACAAACUUUGAACCAUCCUGGUUAAAAGAAAUCAACAACAAGGAAUAUGAAGAUGAAAGUAUUAACAUCUCAUUGUCUGAUGAUCAACAGGUUAGUAAUUUCUUUGGUAGUCAGAAGUACAAUGAAGGGGAUUUAUAUGUUCAUGCAAACCACUUUGACUCCUCUCAAAACAAGACGACUACAACCAAACCAAGGAUUUCUGAAAAUAAGAAAUCCUCAUCAUCAGAUUUGAAUGAAUUUGAUGCUUUACCAAAAUGUCGUCAAGAACUCCCAGAUGAUUUUCUUACUGGUACAUUAUUUGUGUCUAAAUCUGGAAAUGCUGUAGAACCUAUUAUCUGUGCCAAAGGGUGGCGAUCUACUGAAGAACUUCGAGAGAAAGAAGACUGUUUGGCAUAUGAUAGGCUAAGAAAAGUUCAUAAGGAACAUCUGUCAAACUUGGUGCGCCAGUUGCUCAAUCAAGAAGGCUUACCACUCUCCUGGGAAGGCACCAUCAUGCAAACAGCCCACAAAGUCAGCCAGUUUGUAAGUCCUGAUGUACGUAAUGAAGGAGAUGACAUGGAUAUACGGAAAUAUGUACAAAUAAAAAAGAUUUCUGGAGGUCAGAGAAAUCAGACUGCUGUCAUCCAUGGGGUCGUUUGUAGCAAAAAUGUUGCUCACAAGAAAAUGCAGACAACUGUCUCAAAGCCAAAAAUUCUCUUGUUGAAAGGUGCCAUUGAUUAUCAACGAGUUGAGAACAAAUUUUCUUCUCUGGAACCCUUAAUACUUCAGGAAAGAGAGUUUUUAAAAAAUAGUGUUGCGAAAGUGUGUGCUUUGAAACCAGAUGUCGUUGUGGUGGAGAAAUCAGUAUGUCGACUUGCACAAGAGUUUCUCUUAGAAGCUGGUAUCAUUCUAAUUUUCAAUACCAAAACUAGUGUAAUGCAAAGAUUAUCAAGAUGUACUCAGGCAGAAAUAGUUCGUUCUAUUGAUGGACUGGUAAAUAAACCAAAAUUAGGGUUUUGCAAUUCAUUUAAAGUGAAAAACUUCCAGCUUCCAAAUGGUCACACCAAGACACUGUUAUACUUUGAUGAUUGUGCCAAACACCUUGCUUGUACAGUAACUUUGAGAGGGUCUCAUAACAGUGAACUGAAAAGAGUGAAAAAAAUAAUGCAGUUUAUGACUUAUGCAGCAUAUCAUUCUCAACUUGAAGUUUCAUUUAUUAUGGACGAAUUUGGCCUUCCUCCACCCUCUGGGGAUGAAAUAGGUCUUAAUUUAGACACUGACAUAUCAGAUGUUAAUUCUGAAUUGAGAGACUCUCAACAAGAUGUAAAUAGUGAACAGAAAGAUGUGAUAGAUAACAGGGGACAUGUAUUUAAUAACCAAUGUAGGAGAGAUGCUUUUAAAACAGCCAGUUCAAUGACUUUGUCUCUUCAGCUUGUUGAAGAAGUUGGUGAUACAGACGUAGUUGAUAGUGAACCUUCAGAGAAGGACAUUGAAUCUAGUAAAGAAGAUGAUCCGUCUCUAGACAUUUCAACAGAAGUCAGUCAAAGCAGUGACAAUAAACUAUGCAAAGAUGUCAUGAGCAACAGUCGAAAACAACCUGGCAUAGAAGAACUCACUGAUUUUUCUGAUCCUUUACACAACUAUCUCACAACGAAGGAUGACUCCAUAUUUCACAGUUCUGUUGCACUUCAAGAGCAGAAGGUCGCUCAACAGCAGAAAAUUCGAAAAGCACUGGAAGAUUUAGUUCUAUCUGUCUCACCUUACAUAAAAAUUGAUCCACCAUAUUUAGAGACUACUAAUGGCUUGAAGUCAACUUUGCGGAAGUAUUUCCCUGAUGAGAUGUACUUCUCUCCAGCUUUAAGUGAAAAGAACAUUGACAAUCGACCAAAAUAUUUUGAUACCGAUGUUGUAUCACGUAUCAGUAACAAAAAAAAUGUAGAAAUUACGGAGGCACAUCCUUUUAUCAUGUGGAAACUUGAAAAACCAGUGAAAGACCCAUCUGUACAGGACAUUCUGUCUGAUUUUCGUGCUCGAGGUGGACGUAUUAAAACAACCCAGUCUGGGAGCUGCUAUCAUGAUGAAUGCAAGGAGGUGGCUAAAAAGACAAGCAAUGGAGAAAUAAAAAAUGAUAUUAACUAUGUAUCAUUCUAUUAUGAUCAGAAGCGUGACUGUUUAGAUCUUUAUAGCCACCAACAUCUGUCUGUUUUGUUCAGCAGUUUCUCCAGCAACUCCUCAAAUGCUCCUAAUCCAUGUGUUAAUCCUUGGAUUGUGACAAUGGAAUUUUACGGCAAGAAUGAUGUGACUCUUGGAGGUUUUCUUGAGCGAUUUUGCUUCAGAGAGUCUUAUGUUUGCCCAUCAAAGUCCUGUGACACUCCAAUGGUCGAUCACGUGAGACGCUUUGUACAUGAGAAUAGUUGUAUCACAGUGGAUCUUCGCAAGCUUGACCGCAUCAUUCCUGGAGCUGAAAAGAAUAUUUUCAUGUGGAGUCGGUGUCGCAAAUGCAAACAGGUUACCCCAUUAGGGCGUAUGACAAUGGACACUUGGAACAUGUCUUUCUCUAAAUACUUAGAAUUGAGAUUUCAUGGAAGUAUGUACAAAAGGCGAGUUAGUGCUGAACCUUGCAAUCAUUCUUUACAUCAUGACCACUGUCAAUAUUUUGGAUACAAGGACAUUGUAGCAUAUUUCAAAUACAGCACCGUUUCACUUUGUGAGGUUGCUCUGCCCUCUAUUGUUGUUGAAUAUCAUCAUCAGCCUUGUUUUCCUGCAGAACUUAACAGAAGAGCUGUCAGUCUUAGUCACAAAGGUAUGGAUUUAUACAAUGCUAUAUGGGAGCAAACUAUCAAACUGCAAAAUGAUUACUCCUUACAACAGAACCAGUCAAAGAUACUCACAGACUAUCUGGCUUUCCAGAAGAGUGAGAGGGCUUCCCUGAAUAAACAUGCUGAUGAAAUCCACCAGAAACUGCAGUUAUUAGAGUCAUUGAGUAAAAAAAACAGUGAGGGAAAAUUUGAAAAUGAAGAAGUUUGUUUUUCCUUGAGCAAUCAAAUCGCAGACAGUCUGACAAGUUUAACACAGAUGGUUGCAGAAGCAGUGGUAAACUGGAAUGCAAAAAUUCAAGAUUUUCUGGUGCAAAAGAAAGAGAAGUCCAAAACACAAAGCCCUGCUGUGAAGGAACAUCAGUCAUCUUUAGAUGUGGUGGACAAUUAUCCAGCAUCUGUCCAAUCAUUUGCAGAGGGUAGUUACAAUUCAACUUUGUCAAACAGUCCUCAUCACACACCACAGGUUGAAGCACCUGACAUCUACGUUGAAGAGGAAUCAGCUGAUUCUCAGGCUUCCAGUGGUACUACUAUAUCAGCCGCAUCUUCGUCGCCUUUACCAAUUCCACAAGAUGAUAAAGAUAUCUCUGUUAACACUGAAGUAGAUAUUUCUGACAGAACUUCAGCAACCAAAGAUACUUUAUUAGUUGGUAAUUUAGAUUCUAAUCUAAAUUCAUCACCUAAAAGUGAUGUACCUUUUGGAAGUCAAGAGUCUUCUUCACCAGGAAAUGUUCGAGAUGAAAGAGAUGGUAAACUGAGGGUUGUAAUAAGGGACAGGAAAUAUAACACUGAUGAUAUUGGGAAUGAAGAACAAGAAAAGAAACGGACAGUAUUGAGUCGAAUACCUGGGUUCCGUACAUCCACUGGAAACAUGGCAAGUUUGAGAAUGCCUUUUGAAGCUCAUGAACAUCCUCUGCUGGCUAAAUGUGAACGUAUUCCUGUUAUUGUCUACGAUACAGAACCAAGCUCCAUCAUUGCAUAUGCUCUCAGCUCUCGGGAUUAUCAUUGUCGACUCCAAGAAAUUCAAAGUCAACUUGGUUCUGUACAGAGAGACUCACCUUCUGCAAGUCCAGAACAUCAACGGAGAAAUCUGAAGGCUGAAAAUGCAAGGAAUCUUCCACUGAAGACUUCUACUGUAGGUUUGAAUUCUAACCCUGAGCAAGGAUCCAAACAUUCUGGGGUACUUGACUUUCUACGUGGCAGUACUUCGAAAGAAAGAAGCCCCAAACUGACUCACAAGUUUGAUCUCAUAGACAUAGUCCGCUACAAUCCAAAGCUGGAUGCUGACAGUGUAGAAAGUGGAAUGGAUGUUAAUGAUGGAAGUAGUUCAAUUCCUGUUGAUGGGGAGAAAAGCAAACCCUGCAAGGUGGCCAUUAACCCACAUAUUGAUAUCCAAUUUUCUGAUUCCUCAUCUCGUUUCUAUUGCCGUGUACAUUUCGCUGAACAUUUCAGACAACUACGUUCUUUGGUAUUUCCUGCCGGAGAAGAUGUUUUUAUUCGCUCAAUGAAUCACUGUCAACAUUGGUCGGCUAAAGGUGGAAAAUCGAGAUCAGCUUUUUCAAAGACCUGUGAUAAUCGUUUCAUCCUGAAACAGAUGUCUAAUGCAGAGGCAGUUUCUUUCCAAGUGUUUGCACCCAACUAUUUCCAAUACAUUACCAAAGCUUACCUAGAACAAAAACCAACAGUUCUUGCAAAGAUUCUAGGAGUUUAUACGAUAGGUUUUCGUAACAAUCAAACCAGCACAGUAAUGAAGCAGGAUUUGUUGGUGAUGGAGAACUUGUUAUACAAUCGAAAAGUCUCUCAGACGUUUGACCUGAAAGGAUCUGUUCGAAAUCGAUUGGUCAAUUUAUCUGGGAAACAGGAAGAAGAAGUGUUGUUAGAUCAGAAUUUUCUUCAAGUCAGUGUUGACUCUCCUCUCUACAUCAGACCUCACUCGAAAGCUGUUCUAGCUCAAGCUAUUGACAGUGAUUCCAAAUUUCUAGCCAGCAACUUCAUCAUGGACUACUCUUUGUUGGUUGGACAGGACGAUCAAAUGAAAGAAUUAGUGGUUGGUAUUAUAGAUUACAUUCGAACAUUCACAUGGGACAAAAAGCUUGAGAUGGUUGUAAAAGCUACAGGAUUCCUGGGUGGUGCCUCUAAAAUGCCAACAGUUGUGUUUCCUGAAUUGUACAAGAGUCGGUUCUUAGAAGCCAUGGAUCGAUAUUUUCCUCCUGUCCCUGACAGAUGGAGUGGGCUUGGCUAUGGGCUCGAUUACUGAGAAAAAACAGAAUUUUUAUUGGAUAUACUGACUUUUCUAUGACUGGAAUUCACUUGAGGCUGUACAUCACCUGAAAGAAUUUUAAAAUUGGUUGAGACAGUUUAAGACAACUGUAAAUAAUCUUAAUAUAUAUGCAUAUGUAUAUACAUAUAUGUACAUAUAUAUGUUUGUGCAUAUAUAUAUGUAUACACAUGCACAUAUGUAUAUAUACACACACACACAUGUACAUAUAUAUAACUUAUUUGGAAGAUAUUGGCAUCGUUUUGUGUACAGUUGCCAAGCAGCAGUCAGAAAGGCCAUCACCACCAAGAAGUGGUGAAUUGCAUUCCAUAUUUUUGAAGCAGAAAAAAAUGUGUAACAGUGCAGGUGAAGUUACAAAAAAAGAAAAAUGAUCAAUCUAUUUCUUCAGUUAAUAGUAACCAUAUUUUUAUGCACUUUCUUCUAUAAGAAGAAAAUUUUUGUCAUUACCAAAGACUUGAUAAUGAGAAUAACUGUUUUAAAAUUAAGAUAUAGGUUGUUGAAAUUGUUAAUUUUUGUUAUAAUGUCCAUUUUUUAGUUAAUGACUUUUGGAGAAAUUAUUCAUGGCAACACGUAACUUUGGGUAAUCAAUGAUCAAUAUGGAUUUUAGUUAAUAUCAGGUUGUAUUAUAAAUUUUUAGUAACCAUGGGAAUUAAGAUAGAUUUUAAUUAAAAGCAUUUUGUAUUACAAACUUUCUUACAUUGCUAAUAUGGAUUUUACUUAACAAUAGGUUGUAUCAUACAGUUUAGUUAAAACAUGUUGCAUAUAGUAAUACAAUAUAGCAACAGGUUGUUUUAUAAAUCUUAGUUGUUGCCAUGUACUAAUAUAACCUAUUGUAACAUGACAUGCAUUUGAGGCAACCACAUGUUUUAGUGAAACAUUUAAGAUAACUGCAUUUUUACCUUUAAAAACUAGUCACUAUUUGUUAGAGUACAACAUACAAUUCUUUGUGAAUGGUUAUAUGUUGUACUGCCACACAGUCAAAAUUGUGGAAAAAGCUAUUGAUAACCAAAGAUUGUACUAUUAACAAAUGUUUUGACAUCGUAGAGAAAUAUAGAUUAUUAUACACAAACACUUGUUACACUGCAACUUUCAUGUAAUACACGAUGUAACAAUAUCAAAAAAGGAAAGGGUGAUGCUGUAAGAGAGACAACAAGUAACCAUUGGUGAUAAUAUCUUGUACCUCAGUCAUCUUUUAUAAUGUGUUGUCAGCAGUGAAGUAAUUUAACAGCUGACCCCUCAAUCAUAUUUGCUGGAAGGGCUUAUGACCUUCUUACAGGAUCCCAGACACUUUUCUUCACUGUUUUUUAGCUGUUGUUCCUUCAACUUUUGAACUUUCAUUAUUUAAUUUUUUUGAAGGAACAUCAGCACACUGAGAAUAUAAUUACUGUAAUGUAACUAUUGUCUCAAAUAUAUUUUUAUUUUAUAUCAUAUUUUA